AAACGAAAGUGAGCUAAGGUAGUGGACUUACUUAUACAUACAUUUCUAAAGGUCUGUUUGGAUUAAAAUUGAGUAGUUCUUUGUUUCGUUAAAAUUUCUUGAAUUUUUUAUAACCUCAAGGUUUCGAACACUGUUGUAUUCGGAAGCAUAUUUCGGUAUUCGAUAUCAUUUCGUAAAUUUUGAGGUUAUGUCUGUAUAAUAUAGAACAUAAAAUUCGAACAUUAUAUCUUGGCAAAACUUUUUCUAAUGUUUUCCGUUUUCGAAACUCUUGCUUUUCCAAUUUCACAACACUUUUCUUUAAAUUUUUUUAGAUUUAUUGAAAACUGACUGACUUCUUUUCUCAGUUUGACUUUUCAGUCUUGCUUUCAGAGUUUCUGUGUCUGCAGGCAUUUUUAUUGGAAAAUAUUUACAAAUUCUUCAAAAAUUAAGCUCUUAAACUUUUGAGUUCGUUGGUUCUUAGGAGUGACUAGUAGCAGUCUUCAAAACAUGGCACAUCAAAUGGAGCUGGUGCCUUCUAACGUGGGACAAGCAGCGGAAAGUGAAAUGAAGAUAAUCGCUGUGGAGAAAGCCAACAAACCCAUCAACACCAGGUUCAGUGGCAAGGUCGACUACGACAUGGUGCUGGUUGUGUUCAGGGACAGUUUCCUCAAGAAGUGGGACAAAAUGACGCCAUCGCCCGACACAGGUCUGCAAGGUUUCGACGAGCUGGCCACAAUCGGUGCCGGCUCCUUCGGCCGAGUGAAACUGGUGCGCGAAAAGUCGACGGGCAAUUACUAUGCCGCGAAGUUGGUGUUGAAGGAGAUGAUCGUGAAGACGAAGCAAGUGCCGCAUAUAUUCAAUGAGAAGCGCGUGCUGCUCAGCAUAGACUUCCCCUAUGUGGUGAUGAUGGACUUUUGCCGCAAAGACUUUGAUCACUUGAUCUUCGGCUUGCCCUUCAUAAACGGCGGCGAGCUCUUCACCUAUCAUCGCAAAGUGCGCAAGUUUUCGGAGAAGCAGGCGCGUUUCUAUGCCGCACAAAUAUUUCUUGGUUUGGAGUAUCUGCAUAACUUGCAAUUACUGUAUCGCGAUUUGAAGCCAGAAAAUAUAUUAAUCGAUAGAAAGGGUUAUCUGAAGAUAACGGAUUUUGGCUUUGCAAAGCGCGUUGAGACCCGCACUCUGACAUUGUGCGGUACGCCCGAGUAUCUGGCGCCCGAGUUGAUUAAGUCCAAACCCUACUCCACCAGCGUCGACUGGUGGGCGUUUGGCGUGCUGGUUUAUGAGUUUGUGGCCGGUAAUUCACCCUUCUCCGAGUACAAUAGGGAUGUGAUGAUGAUGUAUGGCAAAAUUUGCGACGGCGCCUACAAGAUACCAGCUUCCUUUCCGCCCAUGUUAAAGGACCUAAUUUCAAAACUGCUAGUGGUCGAUCCCUCGAAGCGGCUCGGCUGCUUAACGAACGCGCACAAGGACAUUAAAAAUCACGACUGGUUCAAGGGCGUCGAUUGGUAUGGACUACUGAACCAACAAAUACAACCACCUUAUGUGCCGGUGAUCUCAAACAUGGAAGACCUGUCCAAUUUCGACAAAUACCCCGAAGAUAGAAAGAAUGCACCGAAGUCGAAGACAAACAAAUAUCCCGAAAUCUUUGCUGAGUUUUAGUUACUCAUUUGUUAUUAGUUAAUUUCCUCGUUUAAAUACAAUUACUUAUCAGCAGUGACAGAGAAUAUAUGUAUAUUUAUUUUCGUUAAUUCUUUUUGUCUG